AUGUCGAAAAUCACAGUCGCCGGCGUCCGCGGCAAUGUCAAGGAAUUGCUCGACUACUCGCAGAACACCAAGAAGCGCAACUUCCUCGAGACCGUCGAACUCCAGAUCGGCCUGAAGAACUAUGACCCUCAGCGUGACAAGCGUUUCUCCGGCACCAUCAAGCUGCCCUCCGUCCCUCGCCCAGGCAUGGCCAUCUGCGUUCUCGGUGACCAGCACGACAUCGACCGCGCCAAGCACCACGGCAUCGACGCCAUGUCCGCGGACGAUCUGAAGAAGCUGAACAAGAACAAGAAGCUCAUCAAGAAGCUCGCCAACAAGUACGACGCCUUCAUCGCCUCCGAGACCCUGAUCAAGCAGAUCCCCCGUCUCUUGGGUCCCGGUCUGUCCAAGGCCGGCAAGUUCCCCACCCCGAUCUCGCACGCCGAAGACCUGGCGGCCAAGGCCACCGAAGUCAAGAGCACCAUCAAGUUCCAGCUCAAGAAGGUGCUGUGCCUGGGUGUCGCGGUCGGCAACGUCGAAAUGGGCGAGGACGAGCUCAUCUCCAACAUCAUGUUGGCCAUCAACUACCUGGUCUCGCUGCUCAAGAAGGGCUGGCAGAACGUGGGCUCGCUGGUCAUCAAGGCCACCAUGAGCCCGCCCAAGCGUCUGUACUAA